CCGGAGCUUCGCGGGAGCUCUCGGGGCUCUUCGGAAGGGAUCGAAAAAGCCCCAAUUUUGGUGCAAAAUGGCAAGGGGAUUGAAGAAGCAUCUGAAACGGCUUAAUGCCCCGAAGCAUUGGAUGCUCGACAAGCUCGGCGGAGCUUUCGCCCCGAAGCCGACUCAAGGUCCUCACAAAGCGCGGGAGUGCCUUCCUCUGGUUCUUAUUUUACGGAACAAGCUGAAAUAUGCGCUGAGUUACAAUGAAGUGACCUCAAUUUUGAUGCAGCGCCAUGUAAUGAUCGAUGGAAAGGUCCGGACGGACAAGACCUAUCCUGCUGGUUUUAUGGAUGUUGUAACAAUACCAAAAACGAGCGAAAACUUUAGACUACUCUAUGAUACGAAGGGUCGCUUCCGUCUCCGCUCUAUCAGCGACGAAGAAGCUAAGUUCAAGCUCUGUAAGGUCCGGUCCGUGCAGUUUGGGAAGAGAGGCAUCCCCCACCUCAACACUUACGACGGCCGCACGAUACGCUAUCCCGACCCCCUCAUCAAAGCCAAUGACACCAUCAAACUCGACCUCGAGACGUACAAGAUCACCGACUUCAUCAAGUUUGAGGUGGGCAACGUCGUCAUGGUGACCGGUGGAAGGAACAGGGGCCGGGUCGGUGUGAUCAAGAACAGGGAGAAGCAUCCAGGGACCUUCGAGACGAUCCACAUCCAAGAUGCAACAGGCCAGGAGUUCGCGACGCGUCUGGGGAACGUGUUCAUCAUCGGUAAGGGGACGAAGCCAUGGGUAGCCCUUCCUAAGGAUAAGGGCAUUAAGCUUAGCAUCAUCGAAGAGGCUAGGAGACGCCGCGCAGCAUCUAGUGGAUCUGCCACUGCUUAAUAGUGUCUGUGUUUGUCUGUGUAGUAGUAUGUUAUGAAUCUAGUGACUAAAUAAUGGGGCAGUGAAUAUCUUUUAGCUUUGAUGAAGUUUUAAGAUAUUCUCAUGUAGAAGCUUACCACUCAUAUAUUUCUAGAUGAUCAGAUAUGCUUUGUAAUAUAUGAUAGUUUGUGUUAGUUGCUGUGGGUAGUGUGUGUAAUUAUGUUAGAAGCUCUUUGAUUUGAGCACAUGGAGGAAUCAACUUCGC